AUGGUAACUACUACAUCAACAUCUACUUCAAUUGGAACUGGCUAUGAUGAAAUCUUGUCAACAACAUCUACCUUAGAAAAAAUUGAUGCUAGCAAAUUAAAGAAUAUUGAUAAUUCUAUGACCAGUUAUUUAUUAGCUAUAUUUCCUUUAUAUACAUGUGCUAUUUUAUUGAAUUUUUUAACAAUUUAUUCAAUUCUAAUGGCAAAAGUGUAUCGUCAAUAUUUAUCGAAUGUACUAUUGGCUGUUAUUUGUAUUGGAGCAUUAAUUAAUUUAAAUGGUCAAAUAUUUUUGAUACUUAUGCGAUGGGCAAUUGAUUCAUCAUCGGAUCAACUAUGUUCAAUAUCAAUUUAUCUUCGUGAUAACGGUUCUAUUCUUAUUCAGACGCAUAUUUUAUUCUUAGUUUUCGAACGUAUUCUUGCUAAUUUAAAAAAAGAUUCAACAAAUUUAAAUAGACCAUUAAUUCAAAAAGCUCAUCUUUUUCUUAUCGUUGUAUCCUUAGUUAGUAUCAUACUUUCAUUAACUGUUCCAAUUUUUACAUUAACACAUUCUGCUUUUUCACGCGUUAAUGGUUUAUGUGCUCCAAAAAAUUUAGCAUCUUAUACAAAAUAUUUAACUUGGAUUUAUUACGGUUUUGGUCAUCCGUUUGUGUUGUCAGCAUGUGGUUUACUUGGUAUAUUUCUUUGUCGAAAAACAACAAUAUCUUAUUCAACAUUAAUUCCAAUGAAUAAAAUUGUAUUAAUAAUUAGUUUAUCAAGUUACAUUGAUCUAUUAAUACGAACAUUAUUUGAUGAUAUUGUUGGUGUUAAGAAUCAAUCAAUAUCAAACAAAAUAGAUGAAUCAUCGAGAAAACUAUUUUUCUCCAUGAAUUUACGUGAUUCUAUAUCGAUAGUUGAUAAGAUAAUAAUUGGACUCGUAUUUUUUCUUUUUCGACCUGAAAUUCGAUUAUGGCUUAUGGAAUCGGUCAAAAAAUUUCAAUCCAACAAAAACGAGAUUAUGAUACCACAAAUGUUAGACAUACGUAGUGAAUUAGAUGAUAAUUAUCAUGAAACCGAUGAUGCAAAUAUUCAUUUUCCAGCAGAUACUUAG